UCGAGUGUCACCUAGUGUGGCCUUCGAUUAUUUAAAGGGCAGCGUUGCCUACAGAAGUGCCGAAGACGGAAUCUUUUCCAUGGUUGGACACGCUGGAACCGAACAUAUGCCGAUGGUAUUGCUACUGUUCAAGGUGGUUGAUGAGCAACGAGGUGUAUUUGGGCGAAUUGGGGUGGUUUAUGCCUACCGGGACCAGAGAGAAAAGAUAUUGUCCAUUAGACGGGAACCAGAGAAGCCACCCUUACCUUGCGCCGAAUUCAAGGACGGGAAGCACACCAUUAUUGUCAUAUAGCACAUCAGGAACGAGGACUGAAGAUAGAGUAAUAAAGAUAGCGGUCUCUUUG